GGAUGGCGUGCCACAGGGUGACUGUGAAUUGUGACGACUGCCCCACGACAAACAGCUGCAGGAGGACAUCUACCAGGUGAUACAAACAGACAGCAGUGUCACCAUGGUUUACAUCUCACGUGUCCAACGGCCUGACAGCCGCAGACGAAUCCUGCAGCGCCGCCAGCAUGUAGUCCGCUCCCAGCAUUCCCCGGCAAUCAUGGCAGAAAGAUCCUUGCACCCAUCUCUUGGCUCAGAGGUGACGACCACCGAUAACGAUUUUUUUGUGCGCAUUGAUGUCAAGCACUUCACACCCCAGGAGAUCACCGUCGGCGCCAGAGGCCAGAGCCUCAACAUCCACGCCAGGCACGGUGAGCGCCAGGAUGAGCACGGCAUCAUCAGCCGGGAGUUCACUCGUCAGUACAUGCUACCCCGGCAUGUUGACAAGAGUGCGGUGACGUGCUCCGUGAGUCCUGAUGGGGUGCUGACUAUCAAGGCUCCAAAGCUCGCGCAGGGGAAUGGUUCUCAGGAACGAAUUGUGCCGAUAACACAGGAAACCAGCUAACACCGGUCCCUGCGGAAGAAUCUCGUUGCCACCAGCAACGCAUCUGCAUAACGUCUUUUAGUAACAGCUACCCCUCCUCAAAAAGUCUAUCACAGCCACCCAUCAGCUCGAAGCCUGUUUGUAACAGUGAUGCUGAAACAACAACCCCUUUGCACAUUACCUGAUUGUAAUUAGCACUACCG